ACAUUAAGGGUGUUUGAAAUUGUAAAACAUUCUAAAGAAAUGAAGAAUAGGCAACCUCAUCGUAAACGAAAUCAUAUACUUGCGUCGAUUCUUUUUAUCCUUUGCAGGCAAAAUGGACUUCCUCGUACUUUUGUAGAGAUAUGUAAUGCAGCCUCUAUUAGAAAACAAGAAAUUGGAACAUAUUAUCGUCUUAUGCUUAAAGUAUUUGAGAGUAAUGGAUUAGGUGGUGGGUCUAAUGCUAUUCAUGUAUAUAGACAAGCAAGUGAAUUGAAUAUUACUACUGGUAAAUGCCCGGUUUCAGUUGGUGCAGCUUCGAUUUGGUUAUCGAUUGCCUCGUGGAACGAGAUUCGUACAACUAAUUGGAGCGCCAGCGAUGAUCAAGAACAAAUAAGAUGUGAACAUAAAGAUGUUGCUGCAGCUGCUGGUGUUGUAAAUGCCACACUUGUUGGUUGUUUCAAAAAUUUAUCGAAAUAUAAGGAUAAAUUAUUACCACCAGACUUUUUAAUAGAAGCAAAGACGAGACUUCCAGAUCUUUAUAAAAAAAGUGAUGUAAUUGAGACUAACUCUAAUAACGACAUUGAAGAUGAAAGUAUUGAAGACAAGAAAGUUACACAUGCACCUUUACUAAGUAACACUAUAAUUAGUAGCCCACCUCCAAUGGAUGAUAUCGUUGAAAAUUACAAAGAAAAAG